AUGUCUUUAUCUGUUCUGAUAAAAGAGUAUUCUAGACUUAUUAGUACUCCUAACUUAUCUGCUUUUAAUAAACACAUAAGGUAUAAUGAGACUGUCCCGGUCAUUUUAAAUCUUUUCUCGGACCAAGAAACCGCUGCACCUGUACUGUUUGAUCCGCGAAUAAUACCAGGAACAUACGCUCCAGAUGAAUCAAGGAGUGAUCAACGAAAUGCUGAAGAGAAAUUGAUGAAGAAAAAAGAAUGGAAAUAUGCAGGAAUUGUGAUUGCCAUGACUCAGCAGGGAACGAAAAAAACGGGGAGCGCCGUCGAUGCACACUUGGUUAAUCGCGAUCACGGAAAUCUUGUAUAUCGAAACGAAGUAGUCGCAAUUGAUUACGAUGAAGAAGUUGAAGCAGAAGUACUUACUGAUCGUGGAACAGGCAAGGGAAUUGCGGAAUACAGUAGUGGAAAUUGGUGCGGUGAAACCAGUUGA